GGCUUUUUGAUGAAGGGCCGGCGGUGGGAAAGAUGGCGGCGGCUUCGAGACCCUCCUGGUGGCAGCGGUGGCGGCGGCGCGCGUGGGCUCGGGACGGGGCCAAGCUUUUGCUCUUUCUCCUUCUGUUGGGGUCUGGGCCCGGGCCGCGACAUGUCAGGGCGGGUCAAGCGGUGGAGUACUUGAAACGGGAGCACUCGCUGUCGAAGCCCUACCAGGGUGUGGGAACAAGCAGUUCUUCGCUAUGGAACCUGAUGGGCAACGCCAUGGUGAUGACGCAGUACAUCCGCCUCACUCCAGAUAUGCAAAGUAAACAGGGUGCCUUGUGGAACCGGGUGCCAUGUUUCCUGAAAGACUGGGAACUGCAGGUGCACUUCAAGAUUCACGGCCAAGGGAAGAAGAACCUGCACGGAGACGGCUUGGCAAUCUGGUACACAAAGGACCGAAUGCAGCCAGGGCCUGUGUUUGGAAACAUGGACAAAUUUGUGGGGCUGGGAGUGUUUGUAGACACCUAUCCCAAUGAGGAGAAGCAGCACGAGGCCCAGAAGAGGCGCUAUUCUCCAGGAGUCCAGCGGGUAUUCCCCUACAUCUCAGCCAUGGUGAACAAUGGCUCCCUCAGCUAUGAUCACGAGCGGGAUGGGCGGCCUACGGAGCUGGGUGGCUGCACAGCCAUUGUCCGAAAUAUCCGUUAUGACACUUUCCUCGUGAUUCGCUAUGUCAAGAGGCAUCUGACGAUAAUGAUGGAUAUUGAUGGCAAACAUGAGUGGAGGGACUGCAUUGAGAUGCCCGGGGUCCGGCUCCCCCGGGGCUAUUACUUCGGCACUUCCUCCAUCACUGGGGAUCUCUCUGAUAACCAUGAUGUCAUUUCCCUCAAGUUGUUUGAGCUGACUGGAGUGAGGACCCCAGAAGAAGAAAAGCUACAUCGAGAUGUAUUCCUGCCCUCGGUGGACAAUCUGAAGCUGCCAGAGAUGACAGUACCACCAACGCCCCUGAGUGGCCUGGCCCUCUUCCUUAUUGUCUUCUUCUCCUUGGUGUUUUCCGUAUUUGCCAUUGUCAUCGGGAUCAUACUCUACAACAAAUGGCAAGACCAGAGCCGGAAACGCUUCUACUGAGCCCGCUGCCAUCAGUCCCUCUACGGUGUUUACCAUAAGGUGUGGGUCUGAGCAUACAGCCUGGCGAGUCGGCCCGUUGUUCUGUCACUGGAGAUUUGAAUGCUAGGAGCCUGCAUCCUCAUGGUCAUCCACAGGAACAUCUCACUGGCCCAGGAUACCACCACAGGGCCGAGCAGCUGUGGUAUGCCUUUCCCUGGAGUCCUUCCAUUUCCGAGUGCAGAGACAUGGAGAAAUAUCUACUGUGAUGCCUAAAUUACACAAUUGGGCAGAUAGCCCAAGCGUGGACUACACACAGUAGGCCUUCCAUUGCAUUUUAGAAUUCCCAAAUAGGAAACCAGAACCGGUACAAUCUGGAGACCCACUUACUAGUCUUUGCUUUGCCCAUGCCUCUUUCUACUUCAGGAGCUCCUUGGCAAUCUGGAUGGAGACUUCUUUCUCACCCGCCUGUCUCCCUCCACUCACUGUCCUCUUUAUAUGCAUCCUUAGCUAGGAAAGAAGUUUGCUGCUCUCAUUAGGUGGACCUGGGGCUUCCUGCAGCCUCUCAUUGCUUCAGCCUCUUCUCUGCUGGGUGGAUCCUGUUUCUGACUGUGGCUGUGUCUUCUGCUUUCCUCAUCAAAGGAAACCUUCAGGCCUUUGGAUGGUUUGGCUAAAAGUUGUUACAACUCAAGAGAAGCUCGGAGGAGUUGACAGAUGCUGUGAGGUUAACUCUGGAAUCAUCCAGGUCCAGGUGUGCCUCAGAGAGCAGUGUUGGCUGCGUUUGACCACGUGUGGAGUCGUCUGGACCUGCUGGAGCCUGCUUAGUCGCAUGUGUUGUGUUUGUCCUGAUUCUUGGGAUUCUGCUCUGAGUGUUGGAAGUGAUAAGCAGCUUUCUUCUUACUCCCUGGACUUGGCCAUGCCCCCAAAUGCUUGGCCUCUUACUGAGAAGAAACAGUUGGUGAUCUGUUACACAUCUCUGAGAGUGAAAGCCCUUCAUCCUCUGUGCCUGGAAAAGUUGUGGUCCUGGAGCAGCAGCACAGCUUGAGUGCCCUUGUGUGUCACCUGUUACACUGCCUUAUUCCACAAGGGCCACAUGCUGCUCACCUAUCUGCCCUGUGGUUAAAUUGGUUACAGGCUAGUCUCCCUGGAGGGCCUGGCACAGUUCUCUGUAGCCCGAGGAAAAGGCUUCAUAAAGUAGCUAAUGAAACCACUCA